AUGAGUAUUUCACUUAAAAAUUCUGAUAUUGAUUUGACAACAUUAAAUAAUUCGAUAAAUUCUUUAAAUGACGAUAAAUCAAUGACAGAUGACUCAGCUAGUGAUUGCUGUAUUAUAGUGGAUAAUAAAGGAAUUGAAGAAGAAGUACAAAAACUUAUGAUGGAUAUUUUACAAAACAAAAUAUUUGAUGAUGGCUCCCCCACUCAAGAUGAAAUUCUUAAAAUUUUACGUAAUCGAUUUAAUCCGUAUCAACUCAAUGCAAGCAAAGCUACUCGAUAUGUUAAUGAAAUGUUUGGAAAAACAGUUCUUACUGAGGAUGAAGCAAGAAAUUUAUUUAAAAGAUUUAGUGAUGGAAAAACUAAUCGAGUAAAUCAGGAACUUUUGGAGAAGAGAUUUAAAGAAAAUCCAGAAAUUUCUGCUGCAGAAUUGGCUAUAGGAAUUUGUUCUAAAAGUUCUGCAAUAAGGUGGUUGAGUAAGAAGAAUAAAGAUGUUGACAGUAAUGAAGAGAAGGAUAAAACUCCAUAUUCUAACAAGUUGAGAAAAAGAAAUGCUGGUCAGAUGUCUACUAACGUAAACAAAGAAAAACAAAUUCUUCGUAAAGGACAUACGGCAAAUAAGGAAUGUACAGAUGGAAAGCAUUCUAUAUGUCAAAUUGAUCCUGUCACUAAAAAGCGCUUCUAUGAACCUCAUAAACGGCCAGACUGUGAUGAUAUUUAUUGUUUAUCAAGUGUUACACAAAUUGGAGAACGAAUAUGUAAUAUAGAAAAUAAAAUGAUUGAAUUGGAAGAAUUAUUUUGUGCUCUUGUAAAGAAAAAUACUUCGGAGAACAACAAAAUUACUAACAACAAUCAUCACCAACAACAACCAUCUUCAUUCUUUUCUCAACAACAAUUUUUACAACAAAAAAAUAUUCGACAAUUUGCACCAACAAAUAAUUUUAAUGGAACUAGAGCUAUAUUGGGUUGUCCACUUCGUAAUAUUCUUCCAAUUCAAGGACGGAACGAGCAAAUUUACAGACCAAAUACUUCUGCCAAUACUUCAAGUCAAGUCCAACAACGCAUUAUUGCACCAACACAGCCUUUUGCUGUAAAUACUCGUCCACCUCCACGUUUGCCAAUUGCUUCUGCUACAGCUACAAUUUCUACAACACGUCCACUUAAAGGUUAUCCAAUGCCUCGUCAAUUAAAUAUAAUACGACCACAAAUUAAUGAAAAUUCUAGUUACAAACCUCUUGAUAUUCCACACAAAGAAUUGAAGAAUGGAGUUAGAGUUUUUUUUAUGGAUAUUACUACAAGUUCUCAAAAUACUUGUCCAGUUUGUUUUGGCGCCUUCCCUGGUAUUAUUUUUACUGACAGAUCUGCUUCUAUAAUUCAAAAUGUUCAUUUAAAACGCCACACUUCUGGCCCUUUGGAGGCUUUUUAUUGCCAAAUUUGUAGCCAUUGUGUUACACAACCUAGAGUUCUUUUCCUUUCUUUACCUUCUAUUGUGCAGCAUUUAAUUAAUUCACAUGGAAUGCCGAAAAAUGUUAAACAUGAUAGUUUUUACAUCAGAAAUUUUAACAAUCCUGAAACUACUGAAGCUCUUCAACAUUUUAUUGCCAACCAAUUAAAACUUUCUAUUACCCAAUUAAUUACUGAAAUGAAUUCUUCUAAUUUAAAUUGGGCAAAAACUGUGCCUUAUGGUCAAUUUGUAAAAUCUUCUAAUCCACCAACCAAUACAAAAAAUAAACAAAAAGUUGACAACACUAAAAAUAACCAACAAAAUAAAAAGAAAAAGAAGCGAGGCCGUGAAGAAACUCCACCAUUUGAUUUAAAUGGUGAUCCUCUUGACCAAUUAUUAAAAUGUCCAAGUCAAUGUACACUUAUCCAAAGGCAUAGAACACAUUUAAAAAGAAAGCAAGUUCCAGUUAAACAAAUUUUAGAGCCUAUAAAAAUGCAAAAUGUAAUUAUUGACCUAAGUUUAAUUGGAUUGGCAAAAUAUAUUGACUAUAAAAAUGAUAAGGGACAAAUCAGAAGUGAUAAACAAAUUAGGAAAGAAGGAAAUGAAAGUGGAAGUGAGGACAAAACCGAUGAAAGUGAAGAUAAUGAAGACGAAGAAAUUAGUUCUAAUGAUUCUGAUUAUUCCCCUAGAAAGGCAAAUAGAGGAUUUGAGACAAGAAAACGUAAAAAGAUGGAAAGUAGUGAAAGGUCUAGUUCUACAAAUAUUGUAGAUCAAUUGCAACAACAUCGUCUGCAACAAAUAAUAGAAAAAAAUCUUAACAAUACGCCAUCAUCGUCUCAAUCAUUGCCUGCACAUAGGGGAUUGAUGAACCUCUCUACAAACUCGCCUUUAUCUUCAAAUGGGGUACAAAACUUGGUAUGUAAGACUGAGCCAGCUAAUCAACAACAUUGA